GGGAGGCGGAGGCGCCGGGUCAGGCCAGGCCAGGCCGCGGCGGGGCCUACGCAGCGCUACCGGCACCGGGGCCGCCACCGGGGCCGCCGCGCUCCGCUCCCCUCUCCCCAGAUCGGGGUCGGGUCCGUCGGGCUGAAGAGCGGCGAGACGAGCGGCGAGGCGGGCGCCGGGGACGCUCGCUCACCCCCGCCGCCCUCCAGGCAUCCGGGAGCGGCGGGGCGGCCCUCGGGGAUGUCCUACAAGCCCAUCGCUCCCGCCCCCGUUACCCCCGGAGCUGCUAGUGCCAGCCCUGCCCCGUCGGGGCCUGGGGCACCGUCCGCCGCCACGAGCGUCCCGUCGCCCUCCGGCUCCGUCCCCGGCGCCGCCGCCCCGUUCCGGCCCCUCUUCAAUGACUUCGGGCCGCCGUCCAUGGGCUACGUGCAGGCGAUGAAGCCCCCCGGGGCUCAGGGCUCGCAGAGCACCUACACCGACCUGCUCUCUGUCAUCGAGGAGAUGGGGAAGGAGAUCCGGCCCACCUACGCCGGCAGCAAGAGUGCCAUGGAGCGGCUGAAACGGGGCAUCAUCCACGCCCGGGCGCUGGUCAGGGAGUGCCUGGCAGAGACAGAGCGAAACGCCCGCACGUAACGGCUGCUGUCACCCGGGACCCCCCUCCCCGGGACCCCCCCUCCGGUGUCCCUGCCCUGCUGGCGGCAGGGAGUGUGUGUGUGGGGGGGGGUGGGGGUGUGUGGGGGGGGGCUGCCGUGCUGCCUGUACCUCCUCCCACCCCCCACCCCCCCCCGCAGCGCUUUCUGCUCUCUUUAUAAAUGCCUGUUUUUAUAAAUAAAGGACGUGGUUGGGA